GAGACGUUACCGCGUCUUUGACAAUAUUUGACAGUUUCGUUUGUUGGUGCGCAAGAGGAAGAAGCAGCGUUCCGGUGCCACCGGAGGCUUGGUCCGUAACGUUUUUCUCCAUGCUUGCUCCGCAAAAUAAAUUUAAUAUAUAGUGUUGAAAGAGAAGACAGCGAAAAUGGCGAAUAUAAACUUAGAUAAGGAGACGUUUUAUCGUCGCCUGAAGCGGUUGCACGGUGCAUGGCAAAAAGCAGAAUCCGAGAAUGCCUUGGCAAAAAUGGAUUGUCUUGUUACCGCCGUUGGUGUCGACGAAGAAGUGGUUUACAGCAAGUCUGGUUCCUUGCAGACAUGGCUCUUGGGUUAUGAACUAACCGACACUAUCAUGGUCCUGACAGAGAACACCAUUUACUUCCUUGCAAGCAAGAGGAAAAUAGAUUUCCUUCGGCAGGCCGAGAACAAGGAUGAUAGUGGUGUUACUAUUAAACUGCUGGUGAGGGAUCGCAAUGACAAAGACGAAGCAAAUUUUAAAACCCUGAUAUCUGCUAUCAAAGGUAGUAAAAAUGGUAAGACUUUGGGUGUAUUCACAAAAGAGAACUAUCCUGGUGAGUUUAUGGAUGCCUGGAGGAAUGUAUUGAAAAGUGAGAGUUUCUCAAAUAUUGAUAUUAGUUCAGCAAUUGCGUAUGUUAUGAGUUGUAAAGAAGAAUCUGAGAUCAUAACAAUGAAGAAGGCAUGUAUGGCUAGUGUGGAUGUCUUUACGAAAUACUUAAAAGAUCAAAUAAUGGAGAUCAUUGACUCUGAUCGUAAGGUAAAACAUAGUAAACUCUGUGAAGGAGUAGAAUCAGCGAUAACUGACAAGAAAUAUGUCUCUGGUGUUGAUGUAACGCAGCUAGACAUGUGUUACCCAGCAAUCAUACAGUCAGGUGGCAAUUACAACCUCAAGUUUAGUGCAGUUACUGAUAAAAAUACCCUUCAUUUUGGAGCGAUUAUAUGUUCUCUUGGGGCCAGGUAUAAGUCAUACUGCUCUAACAUUGUAAGAACAUUGCUUGUGAAUCCUACAGAUAAAAUGCAAGAAAAUUACAAUUUCCUCUUGACCCUGGAAGAGGAGGUCCUUAAGAAAUUAACUGCUGGUACCAAAUUAUGUGAUAUAUAUGAAACUGGUGUAUCUUUUGUGAAAAAGGAGAAGCCUGCCUUAUUAGAUAAUUUAACCAAAAACUUUGGGUUUGUUACUGGCAUUGAAUUCAAAGAGAAUUCUCUAACAAUUGCCCCUAAAACUGUAUUAGUGGCAAAGAAAGGUAUGAUCUUCAAUUUGAAUUUGGGCUUCAGUAAUUUGGAAAAUAAAGAAACUUCUGACAAGGAAGGCAAAAUUUAUGCUUUAUUUGUUGGAGAUACAGUAAUGGUGAAUGAUGGUUCACCAGCUACAGUACUCACAGUAUCCAAGAAGAAAUUAAAAAAUAUUGGCAUUUUCUUGAAGGAUGACUCUGAAGAGGAAGAAAAUGAUGAAGAGAAAGAGAAUACUCCUAAACCAGAAAUGAUGGGCAGAGGGAAGAGAACUGCUGUUAUUGAAAAUAAGUUGAGAUCAGAGCAUACUUCUGAAGAAAAAAGAAAGGAGCAUCAGAAGGAAUUGGCUAUAGCCUUAAAUGAGAAGGCUAAAGAGAGAUUGGCUAAGCAGGGUGGAGCUAAGGAUGUAGAGAAGGUUCGCAAGAACACAAUCUCGUACAAGAAUGUUAAUCAAAUGCCGCGAGUUAAGGAAGUCAAGGAGCUCAAACUGUAUGUUGAUCAGAAGUACGAAACUGUUAUUUUACCAGUUUAUGGUGUCCCUGUGCCGUUUCACAUAAGCACCAUCAAGAAUAUCUCUCAGAGCGUUGAAGGCGAUUAUACUUAUUUACGUAUCAAUUUCUUCCAUCCCGGUUCAACUAUGGGUAAAAACGAGGGUGGUACUUACCAGCAACCGGAUGCUACAUUCGUGAAGGAAGUUACUUAUAGAAGCACCAACACGAAGGAACCCGGAGAGCUGUCACCGCCGUCAUCCAAUUUAAACACAGCUUUCAGGUUAAUUAAAGAGGUACAACGUAAAUUUAAAACGAGAGAAGCCGAAGAGAGGGAAAAGGAGGAUCUUGUCAAGCAGGAUACGCUUUUGUUAUCCCAGAACAAGGGUAAUCCGAAAUUGAAGGAUUUGUACAUAAGACCCAAUAUUGUAACAAAGAGAAUGACUGGUUCAUUGGAGGCCCAUGGUAAUGGUUUCAGAUAUACUUCAGUUCGUGGUGAUAAGGUCGACAUAUUAUAUAACAAUAUCAAGAAUGCGUUCUUCCAACCUUGCGAUGGCGAGAUGAUCAUCCUCUUGCAUUUCCAUCUAAAACACGCCAUUAUGUUCGGUAAGAAGAAGCACGUGGACGUCCAAUUCUACACGGAAGUCGGUGAGAUAACAACGGAUUUAGGAAAGCAUCAGCAUAUGCACGAUAGGGACGAUCUUGCCGCUGAACAAUCGGAACGAGAACUCAGACAUAAACUGAAAACAGCAUUCAAAAGUUUCUGUGAAAAGGUCGAAGGAAUGACCAAGCAAGAAAUUGAAUUCGAUACGCCUUUCAGGGAGUUGGGAUUCCCUGGUGCUCCGUUCCGUUCUACGGUCUUGUUGCAACCGACGUCAGGAUGUUUGGUGAAUCUCACAGAAUGGCCACCAUUCGUUAUCACCCUAGAGGACGUCGAGUUGGUGCACUUUGAGAGAGUGCAAUUCCAUUUGAAAAAUUUCGAUAUGGUCUUCGUAUUUAAAGAUUACGCCAGAAGAAUAUCGAUGGUUAACGCGAUACCCAUGAACCUGCUGGAUCACGUAAAGGAAUGGCUGAAUUCGUGUGAUAUAAGAUAUUCCGAGGGCGUGCAAUCGUUGAAUUGGGCGAAAAUUAUGAAGACCAUCACAGACGAUCCCGAAGGGUUCUUUGACAGCGGUGGAUGGACAUUCUUGGAUCCUGAAUCCGAUGAGGAGGAAAAGGUAAUGGAAGAAGACAGUGAAGAUGAGGAUGAAGCCUACGAACCCACCGAUGCGGAUUCCUUCUCUGAAGAGAGCGAGGAAGAUUCCGAGUAUUCCGAAGGAGACACGGAAAGCGAUGGCGCUUCAGAAGAAAGUUUAGGAACCGACGAGGAAUCUGGAAAAGAUUGGUCUGAUCUUGAACGGGAAGCUGCAGAGGAAGAUCGCGAGAGGAGCGAUUACAGGGAAGAUUUCGAUAGUAAAAAAGGAAAGAGGGGCGAUAAAUUCGCACACCGUGACAAACACAGCAGCAAGCAUUCGUCUUCGAGCAAACACAUCAGCAGUAAAGAUAAACAUAAUAGUUCGCGCGAUAAACACGGAAGUCGCGAUAAACAUAACAGUUCGCACGAGAAACGCAAAGAUAGACAUAACAGUUCCAGGGACAAACAUAAUAGCUCUAAGGAUAAGCACAAUUCCUCUAGAGACAAACAUUCCUCCAAGAGUCACCAUUCUUCUUCGUCCUCUAAAAAGGAUUCGUCCAGAGAUAAACAUCGUUCCUCCGGGUCCAACGACAAGAAGCGUAGCAGGGAAGACAGCGGAGAAAGAAGAAGUUCGAAGAAAUCGAGAAAGUAAUUUUGUAAUCAUUUAAUACGUUUAUUGUACCAUUUACAUUUCUAUCCAUUUCUGUUAUUGGAAUCACACUUGUUAAUGAUUUUAGUUUAGCGUUCGAAUAUGAUACCCAUAUAUAUAUA